CAUUCCUUCACAUUUACUAGCAAAAUAUGUGACCCGUGCUCUGUAAUUGCACCGGCUGCUCUAAAAGCUCCAGCUAAAGAUUCCAAUUCACGAAAGAGAAAUGAAGCCAUUCCAUGACAGCCAGAUUAAAUUCCCAUGUUCAAUGCUAAACAUAUUGGCCCCAAAUCUACAGUAACGCCUAUAAUAACUGUUCCCUUGCUAUUCUUCCUCUUCAUCCUCUGGUGUGUGCUCUGGAAAAACUUGCUGCGCGGUCCACACGAUAGAAAAAUGGCCGCCGACAGCAACCGGAAGGCUCCCUGCGGCAAGCCUCAGUUCCUCAAGGUGCUCUUCACGGACUUCAUGGAGAAGAUGCCGAUCCCGGCCAAGUUCAUGCGGCGGCACCUGGCAGCGGAGCCCGGGCUCCGGCGGGCCACCCUGAUGAGCCCAUUGGGCAAAUUCUGGCACGUCGACGUGGUCCGAGACGGCCACGGCGGCGACAGCGACGUUUACUUCGCCGGCGGCUGGGCCGAGUUCGUGAGGGCCAACAGGCUGGAGGAGGAGAACUUCCUGGUGUUCAAGUACGAAGGGAACAUGGUGUUCACUGUGAAGGUGUUCGAGACGUCCGGGUGCAUCAAGAACUACGACGACCUCGUCGUCUCCGGCGCAUUGUUAGAGCAGGCAGCACCGAGGAAGCGGUCCAGCACUGGCUGUGGAUCGCAGCCUACGUCCAAGGGCCAUGGUGGUACACAUGCUCAGAAAACCAGGAAGGUCAGUGACAGGAGCCUUACCGGUGAUGGUGCCAUACAGGCAAAGAAGCAGUACAAACCUCGCAGGAUUCUGAUGGAAGACAAUGAUGGCGAGCAAGAUGCCACCACAGAGAAGUACGCCCAAGCGGACACCCACUCCGGCAUCGCAACGGAGGCCAAGGAGUCCGAGUACACCGGCACCCUCCCUUUCUACGCCAAGACGGCGACUCCUUGCAACAUUCGCUACAGCUACAUGGCAAGUUCUUUAGCUGGUUCAAAAUCAAAUCUAUACUCUCUAGUUCAGAUAGAUAUGCACUGUGAACUUAUAAAGUUCUGCGUCAUGAACGGCAUCGCGACGAACCGGCUGAUGAUACUCAAGGACUCGGGCGGGAGGUCGUGGCCCGUGAAGCUGACGCUGACGAGCGACCAGGCGCGCAUGAAGGCUGGGUGGGGCCACUUCUCCGGCCACCAUGGGAUCAAGGUCGGGGACCUCUGUGUCUUCCACCUCGUCGACGAGCACACCUUCAACGUCAGCAUAAGGCGGGCCGAGUAAUAAUAAAGUGUUUUGUCUACUGGU